AUGUUUUUUUUUCUAUACACACUCCAGAUUUUUUAUCACCUUCAUGCAAAGGCAGAAAACACUCUUUGUCGAAUGAUGGGAGACCCUAAAUACCCGCUGCUGUCAAAGGAUGGAGACAUACUUAUUGGGGGAAUUUUUCCAGUCCACAGUAAAGAAAAAUUACCUUCAUUUGAGUUCACACAAAAACCUCAUGCUUUGUCAUGUUCUGGUGUGACUCUGAGAGAUUUUCGGAUGGCUCAAAUUUUGACUUUUGCAAUUGAGGAGAUAAACAAAAGUAAAACUUUGCUCCCAAAUGUUUCUAUUGGCUAUAAAAUCUUUGACAGCUGUGGUUCAAGACUGUCUUCUAUGAGUGCUAUUAUGGCAUUGAUGAAUAAUCAGGAGUUUGCAGCAGAGCAUAAAUGUAAUGGACAGACUCCUAUACAUGCUAUCAUAGGAGAAACAGAGUCUUCUGUCACAGUGAUUCUGUCCAGAACCACAGGACCUUUUAAAAUCCCAGUGAUAAGCCACUCAUCCUCAUGUGAAUGUCUUGGUAAUAAGAAAGAUUACCCCUUUUUCUUCAGGACUAUCGCUAGUGAUUAUCAUCAGAGCAGAGCACUCGCAAUAUUGGUCAAGCACUUAGGAUGGACUUGGGUUGGAGCUGUGAACAGUGACAAUGACUAUGGAAACAAUGGAAUGGCCAUAUUUCUGAAUGCAGCCCAGGAGGAGGGCAUUUGUGUAGAGUACUCUGUGAAAUUCCACCGAACAGAGCCUGACAAACUCCAGAAAGUGGUGAACACAAUGAAAAAAGGCACUGCGAAAGUGAUUGUUGCAUUUUCUGCAUUAGUGGAAAUGGAAUUACUUGUUGAGCAGCUACGUGUGCAGAACAUUACAGGGCUUCAAAUUAUUGGGGUGGUUGGAUGGAUAACGUCAAAGAAUUUAAUCACUCCAAACACAUUUCAUUUGAUGGGAGGGUCAUUAGGGUUUGCAUUAAGAAAAAUUUAUAUAGAUGGGUUUUCAGAUUAUGUUAAUGAAUCAUUUUGGGAAACAGCUUUUCCAUGUUCACAAAGAGAUGGGUAUUCUUCUCAAAAUAAAUUAAAUUGCAGCAAGUAUCAGGAGCUGCUUGGACUGAGAAAUUACAAUGAAGAUGUGCCUGAACAUAGGCAUUCAAGUAAUGUCUACAAAGCCGUGUAUGCUGUGGCUUAUGCUCUACACAGUCUACUCAGGUGCAAAGAGCAAGAAGGAUGUGUAAAGGCCCUGACAAUACAACCACAACAGUUGGUUGAGGCUCUUAAAAAUAUCAAUUUUACCACAAAGUUUGGAGAUCGUGUGUGGUUUGACAGCACUGGUUCCACAGUAACCCAAUAUGAAGUUGGAAACUGGCAGCAGGACUCUGAUGGAUCAUUCCAGUUUAAAGCAGUGGGUUACUAUGAUGCCUCACUGCCCCCUAACCAGCGCUUUGCACUUAACACUGAAAACAUCAUCUGGGCUGGAGGACAGCUGCAGAAGCCAAGGUCUGUGUGCAGUGAGAGUUGUCCUCCAGGCACUAGGAAGGCUGUACAGAAAGGAAGACCUGUCUGCUGUUAUGACUGUAUUCCAUGUGCAGAUGGAGAAAUCAGUAAUGAGACAGAUUCAAAUAACUGCAUGCAGUGUCCAGGGGAAUUCUGGUCUAAUGCUGAGAAAAAUAAAUGUGUGUUAAAGACUGUAGAGUUUCUGUCAUUCACAGAAGUUAUGGGUAUAGUGCUAGUCUUUUUCUCACUGUUUGGAGUAGGAAUAACGGUUUUGGUCACAGGCCUGUUUUACAGUAAGAAGGACACCCCCAUAGUAAAAGCCAACAACUCAGAGCUGAGCUUCCUGCUGCUCUUCUCAUUGACUCUGUGUUUUCUCUGUUCACUUACUUUCAUUGGUCGCCCCACUGAGUGGUCCUGUAUGUUACGUCACACAGCGUUUGGGAUCACUUUUGUCCUCUGUAUCUCUUGUGUUCUGGGGAAAACAAUAGUUGUGUUAAUGGCCUUCAAGGCCACACUUCCAGGAAGUAAUGUCAUGAAAUGGUUUGGGCCUGUACAACAGAGACUCAGUGUUCUUGCCUUUACACUUAUACAGGUUCUUAUAUGUGUUCUUUGGCUAACAAUAUCUCCUCCUUUUCCCUUUGAAAAUAUGAAUCAUUAUAAGGAAAAAAUUAUUUUUGAAUGCAAUCUUGGUUCUACAAUAGGUUUUUCUGCUGUACUGGGUUAUAUUGGUCUGCUGGCCCUAAUAUGCUUCGCUCUGGCUUUUCUGGCUCGGACGCUGCCUGAUAACUUCAAUGAGGCUAAAUUCAUCACAUUCAGUAUGCUCAUAUUCUGUGCUGUGUGGAUCACAUUUAUUCCAUCUUAUGUCAGUUCCGCUGGAAAAUUUACUGUAGCUGUGGAGAUAUUUGCUAUUUUAUCCUCAAGCUUUGGUUUAUUAUUCUGUAUAUUUGCACCUAAAUGUUACAUCAUCCUGUUUAAGCCUCAGCAAAAUACAAAACAACAUUUGAUGGCAAAAACACAAAAGUCCUACUGA